AUGUUAGAAGCAUUGCAGAUUGAUAAAUUAAAAUCAACAAAGGUUUCAUUUGUUACCGGCGACAAGUCAGCAAAUGCAAAUAAAAAGACGGUUGCUGCCCCGGUAGCGGAGGUAUCGAAUAAAUGCUCAAUAUGUAAGGAAGGGAAACACAGGAUAUAUCACUGUCCUACCUUUCUCAACUGGACUCCUCAAGCAAGGAGCAAGGAAAUCAAAGGGCUCAAAUUAUGCUUUAAUUGUUUCAAGAAAGGUCAUAGUAUUGAAGCAUGCAAUUUCACUACUUGUCGCAUGUGUCACAAAAAACAUAAUACAUUGUUACAUGUUUCUAGCGGCGAAGAUACGAAAGAGAAGAGCCAAACUGAAAGCUCCUCAAUUAAUCCAAUGGUGUCAACAGAGCAAUCAUCUACGAGCGUAACGCAUUAUGCUGCACGACAAUGCGAUCGUGGAUUGCUAGCCACGGCAAUCGUUGAAGUGCAGGACAACGAAGGCAAUUUUCAGGAAUGUCGUGCAUUUCUGGAUCCAGGUUCACAGUCAAAUUUCAUGACAAAGGAACUUUGUGAACGUCUAUGUUUACGUCAACAAAAAAAUUACAUGCAAAUUCGUUGCAUUGACGGCAUACAAACCACCGCUCUCACCGAAACUUAUGCUACGAUACGGUCAAGAAUCAAUGCAUUCAAGAUUAAACUCGGAUUCUCAGUACUACCAAAAAUUACGAUGAAUCUUUCCUUGACGGAAAUUAAUAAACGACAUUUGCAAAUACCAAGCUCAAUCACUUUGGCAGAUCCAUCCUUCCAUACUCCAGGACAAGUCGACUUGCUUCUUGGUAGCACCAUAUUCUGGGAACUCCUUUGCGUUGGCCAAAUCAAGCUAGGAAAAAAUCAACCAGUGGCACAAAAAACUAAAUUUGGAUGGAUCAUACUGAUCAUAGCUGGACCCAUAACCUUCGAAUCCAACAACAUGUCAAUUGUUUCCGUUUGUAUGUCGUUUUACAGUGAAAAAAUCGAAGAUCAACUGGAACGUUUCUGGAAGGUAGAGGAGAGUGCUACUUGUCCAGGGCGAACUGAGAAUAACGAAGAAUGCGAAAACGAGUUUGUGCAAACAUAUCGUCGCAACAAGGACGGACGCUUCGAGGUACGGCUGCCUUUAAGUGAUAGCAUAGAACGAUUGGGACAUUCACGCGAUAUCGCAAUCAAGCGGUUGAAGAGUAUGGAACGAAAAUUCGCCAGAUCUUCAGAUCUACGACAUCGAUACAACGAAUUUAUGCAAGAAUAUGAACGAGUCGGUCACAUGACCGAAAUCAAAAGUAACGAUAAUUCUGAAUCGUCUUUAUAUUUACCUCACCAUGCAGUAUUGAGGGAAGACAAGUCAACCACAAAACUCCGAGUCGUCUUUGACGCAUCAUGUCCUACAUCGACCGGAGUAGCACUGAACGAUAUACUACGUGCAGGGCCUACAAUUCAACAAGAAUUAACGUCCAUACUGCUCAGAUUUCGUCAGCAUAGAUUUGUAAUCACGGCUGAUAUCAAACAAAUGUAUCGCCAAAUACUUAUCCAAGAAGAUCAACGAGAUCUGCAGCGAAUCGUGUGGAGACAAGAUUCAAACGAGCCAAUACGAGAUUUUCGUCUCAAUACGGUUACGUACGGAGUAACCAGUGCGCCCUUUCUAGCUGUUCGAUGUUUGCAUCAGCUCGCAAUUAAAUAUCAAGAUCAGUAUCCGGACACUAGUAAUGUCAUACUCAAUGAUUUUUACGUGGACGAUCUUUUAUCUGGUGGAGAUGAUGUACACACCUUACAGCGAAUCAAGCAUGAGUUAACCGAAAUACUACAUUCAGCAGGCUUUCAACUUCACAAGUGGAACACUAAUGAAUCAAGAGAGCGAGAAGCGUCUUCAGAAGUCAAGUCACUGCCAAUUGGAGACGAGAUAAAAACUCUAGGAGUUUGUUGGAACAUUACAGACGACUGUUUCCAGUUUACAAAACUUAAGCCAUCAAAGAUAAUCAACGUGUAA